GACACUAACAUUCCAAACCGGAAGGCGUGUCUCUAAACUCCAAGUGAUUCAUCUUCUUAAACAUAUACGAUCUUCGCUGCAACUCUUCUGACAGCUAGCAAGCAACUCCUUUACGCUCUUAACAAGGCUGGGCAGACAGGAGAGGGAAAGGGGAGAGCGUUAACCCUGGUCUCUCCAGCUGACCCUGAGUAAACCAGCCAGCCAUGGAUGACCGCUCCUCACUUAGAAAAGUCAGCAGCUCCACCGAGUCCGUGGCCACCGUCACCAGUGAGGAGUUUGUUCUAGUCCAGUCCAGUGCUGCAGGGUCACCACAAGGCUCUGAGGGCAAGCCAAGACUCAAGAUGUCUUGGAAUGGGAGUGAGCAGCUGGAGAAAGCUAUGGAGGAGUUGUUGGAUGAUGAGGUGAAGGUGGAGAAGAGCAAUGUGGAAAAGAUGGAGAAGCACAAGGACCCAGAGAGCCGAGUCCUGGAGCCCCGACCUGCAGAAACAUGUCCAGCUCCAUCCAGCCCCAUUGUACCGGAGGAGGACAGUGUCCAGUUCAACAAGCUAUCCUACCUUGGCUGCACCUGGGUCAAAGCCCCUCGCAACGAGGCAGAGGCACAGAGGGCCAUGGCCACCCUGCGUGCCGAAAGCGCCAUCCCCAUUCCCAUCACCCUGCAUGUCCCCUGUAGACCAGAUGGCUCCGUAAGGAUUGUGGACCAGGCCUCGGGUACAGAGGUCGCCUCAUUUCCCAUCUACAAGGUGUUGUUCUGUGCUCGUGGACAGGAGGGUUCGGUGGAAAGUGACUGUUUCUCCUUCACCGAGAGUUACCGGAGCUCUGAGGACUUCCAGAUUCACGUCUUCUCCUGCCACAUCAAAGAGGCUGUCAGUCGCAUCCUGUACAGUUUCUCCACAGCCUUUCGGCGUUCUUCACGGCCGGCAGAUAUCAGGGAAACGGCGCUGUCCAGUCCACCCGACGGCGACCUCUACACCUUCACUGUCUCACUGGAGAUCAAAGAGGACGAUGGCAAGGGCAACUACAGCCCAGUCCCUAAAGACAGAGAUAAAUACUACUUCAAGCUGCGACAGAGCGUUCAGAAGAAGGUCGUGGUUUCAGUUCAGCAGAUGUGCAACAUGGAGCUGGGCAUCGAGAGGUGUUUUGGAAUGCUGCUGAGUCCUGGACAGAAAGUUUGCAACAGCGACAUGCAUUUACUAGACAUGGAGUGGAUGGGGAAGAGCCCUGAUGGAAAGGCUUAUGUGAUCACAGGAAAAUGGAACCCCAACAUGGCAGCCUUCCAGCUGCUAAAUGAAGACACACCUAAAGAUAAGCAGGUCUACAUGACAGUGGCAGUGGACCUAGUUGUAACUGAGGUAGUGGAGCCAGUUCGCUUCCUGCUGGAAACUCUGGUCAGGAUAUAUCCAUCAAACGAACGCUUCUGGUACUUCAGCCGCAAGACCUUCAGUGAGACUUUCUACCUCAGACUCAGACAGCAGGCACCAGAGAGGGUGGGUCAGAGCGAUGCUAUGUAUGAGGUGGUGAGUCUUCAAAGGGAAGCAGAGAGAAGCAAUGAAGGACAACUGGCCUCGCCCACUGAGGAAGAGGAGGCCGAUGAAGAUAGUGACAGGGAAAUCUCCAGCGGGACAGGAGACGUUUCCAAAGACUGUCCUGAGAAAAUCCUGGAGUCUUGGGGAGGAAUCCUCACCAGAUGGCAUGGGAACCUGUCCACUCGUCCGAAGGGUUUGCCCUCAUUGGUUCACAGUGGCAUUCCCGAGCCACUCAGAGCUGAAGUCUGGCAGCUGCUGGCCGGUUGCCACGACAACCACGACCUGCUUGAGCACUACCGCAUUCUCAUCACCAAGGACUCGGCUCAGGAAGGUGUUAUCACCCGGGACAUCCACCGCACCUUCCCUGCACACGACUACUUCAAGGACUCAGACGGAGAUGGACAGGAUUCAUUGUACAAGAUCUGCAAGGCCUACUCUGUCUAUGAUGAAGAAAUUGGUUAUUGCCAGGGUCAGUCGUUCCUCGCUGCUGUUCUCCUGCUACACAUGCCAGAGGAACAGGCCUUCUGUGUGUUGGUGAAAAUCAUGUACGAGUACGGCCUAAGAGCUCUUUACAAAAACAACUUUGAGGAUCUUCACUGCAAGUUCUACAAGCUGGAGAGGCUGAUGCAGGAGCAGCUUCCAGACCUGUGGUCCCACUUCCAAGAGUUAAACCUGGAGGCACACAUGUACGCCUCCCAGUGGUUCCUCACCCUCUUCACUGCCAAGUUCCCCCUGUGCAUGGUUUUCCACAUCACUGACCUGCUGCUCUGUGAGGGUCUGAACAUCAUCUUCAAUGUAGCCCUGGCCUUGCUCAAGACGUCUAAAGAGGACCUCUUGCAGGCGGACUUUGAAGGUGCUCUCAAGUUCUUCAGAGUCCAGCUCCCUAAACGUUACAGAGCUGCGGAGAACGCCCGCAGGCUUAUGGAGCAGGCCUGCAACAUCAAGGUUCCAACCAAAAAGCUGAAGAAGUUUGAGAAAGAAUAUCAGACACUGAGAGAGAGCCAGCUGCAACAAGAAGACCCCAUCGACCGAUUCCAGAGGGAGAACCGUCGUCUUCAAAGCCAGUAUGCGACUGGACAGGAGAAUGACGACUUGGCCCAUGUGGUCACCAGCAAGAUUGCCCUACGGAACGACCUUGACCAGGCAGAAGAUAAGGCUGAUUUUCUGAACAAAGAGCUGCUAAGCACCAAGCAACGUCUGGUGGAGACGGAGGAGGAGAAGAGAAGACAGGAGGAGGAGACAGCUCAGCUGAAGGAAGUGUUCAGGAGGGAGCUAGAAAAAGCAGAGCUGGAGAUCAAGAAAACCACAGCGAUCAUAGCUGAAUACAAACAGAUCUGCUCCCAGCUGAGCACCAGGCUGGAAAAACAGCAGGCGGCAACCAAAGAAGAGCUGGACAUUGUCAGGAGUAAAGUACUGGGCUGUGACCACUGUAGAGACCUGUUCACAACCCUGGGGUCCUUGCAGUCUGCAUCCCCCGGCAGGGACAAGACAUCCACCGAGCCGCUGGACGAGGAGAAGGACGGACUGAAGGAACAGCUGAGGCACCUGGAGCUGGAGCUGGCACAGACCAAACUGCAACUGGUGGAGGCCAAGUGCCGCAUCCAGGAGCUCGAGCACCAGCGGGGAGUCUUGAUGAACGAGAUCCAGGCGGCCAAGAACUCAUGGUUCAGCAAGACUCUGGGCUCCCUGAAGAGCUCUACCUCCUCUUCCUCCAGCUCCGCAUCCCAGACCCCGUCCUCACCAAAGGAGGGCCCCGCCUAGAUCACCCUCCCUCCAUCUCUCCUCCCCUGACAGGAUGCACACUAGAGCUGAGGAACACAAGUUGAAGAAACAAGCAGUGGAAAAAUGCAGUAUUCCUUUUUUCAUCCAGUGGUAAUGCGGAGCUCGACAGCUUCUUGGACUGCAAUUAGAUGAAAAGAUAAGGGAGGAAACAGGCGGAGGACUGGACCUGCCACCUGUUUUUCACUUAAUGUUUACGUUUGACUGAACAAAAAAAAUGUUUGCUUCUCCGCUUCACAGGGAUGAGACAGGUGACAGUGAAUCAUCGAUGAGGCUUGAAGUUGAUUUAGAGUUCAGUGGUCGUUGCUGACACUGCUUUGUUGAGUUCCCAUAAUAAGAAAGCUGAAUUAACAUACCCAAUGACAUUCCUUGUGUAGGUGAAUGUAGCUCCACCUUGUGGUCAGACAUUGCUACUGCAGAGUUAUAGUCAUUUUAUCUGUGUGAGAUUGUUUUUAGGGAGCUGAGAUGUCUCAGUUUGGACAAUAUUUCUAAUGUUAGUGAUUGAGCUACAUAUGCAGAGAUAUUAAACGUUCACUGCAUAGAAAUAUAGUGACUACAUUAACCAUCUUUAGCGCAGCAAAGCCACAGCACUCUGAAAAAGGAAUACUGCAUUCAGUCUUAAACAAGAACACAAAAAGUUGAAUUUCUUUAUAGUAAUAUAACGUAAACAAUGUUGUCAUAUAAAUAUGUAUAACUAAUUAUUGAUUUUUGUAAUAAUCUUGUACAGUUCUUUAAGAGAAGAAAACCCAAGGAAAAGUUAUUUGUUAAUUUACUUCUUUUUUUACCGUUUGGAAUUUGAAUGUCAUCUUUGUAGAUGUUGACGUAAGCACAGUGUGUGAUCGAGCCGGUGGAGUCCAAACGCUGGAGAACCAUGGUGACAACCUGCAGAGAUCUUCAUGUGUUUAAUUUCCCUGAUGUUUCUUCGGUCAUGGGUUGAACAGGCUCCCGGUGUGUCACCUUAAAAUUUACUGAUUUGAUUUAAAAUUACAGUUCUAGCUUAGGCCCGUAAUUGGCAUUUUUAUUUAUUGUCACUACAUGAUUUCAAGCAUGCAGCCAUCAUUUUGUGAAUAGACGAUCAGAAACGGGCACUUUGCCCUUUCUAUGUCUGUUCCAUCCUUUUUAUACUUUUAAUGAUUCAUUUGGAAUUGGUAUAACCCAAUACCACAAGGUUUUUAAAAAUGUACACGCUACAGUACACGUUAACCUUAGUUUUACAUUUUCAGUUUUGAAAUAUUUUUAACUGUCUCUGGUGUCGGCAUUAUAGUUGGACAUGUCAGGGUUUGGGAUUUUCUGGCAUUUAUUUUACAUACAGAAAAAAUGGCUUCCACAGAGCCAGAAAAUCCAUCACAGUAAUCAUGCAGUCAGCACAUUAAUGUAGGUAACUUUAUAGUACAGUAUAUGCUCUAAAGUAUCCGUUACAUAGCACACUUCAUCCCUACAUAAACGGCUAGUAUAACAUUAAUAAGCAAGAUUAGGGUGCAAUUUUCCCACAUCGUUGCCAAACAGUCUUAAGGCCAUUUGCACAGCUGCACCAACACCUUCUUUGUCAGGUUAACACACCACACUUUUUAAUUAAUACUUAUAAUAUUAUAAUACAACGGGAACAGCUUGUCAAUCGCUAAAUCUUCCCCGUGUCCAUGGUGGGCUGUGUUGCUCAGUGCUAACACAUUAGUAAUAACUGCAUUUAUUGAUACGAGCCAACUAGUACUGUAGGAUCUUGAACGUGGGAACUUAAAUCCGGUUUAAAGCUAAAUAGUAAAAAAUUUGGCAGUUUUCUUUAAAUUCAGGCUUGAAAAAUUGUCUCUCGUACUGUGUAUUAAUAUGGGAUUGCUAGCUAAAAAGUUCAAACCUAAUUCUUAACCUAAGCUUUAAUGAUUUUGACAGAUUAUAAAACUACACUUUCUACUUAUUUCGCUGGUUGCCAAUAUAAGUGUGAGGACCACAGCCAGUGAUAAACAAUAAGGACAAGUAUUAUGUUGCCGUCUGUGGACUAAGUUUAGAAAUAUAAUUGGCCAAAAGGUCCGUUUAGCUUCAACAUGCAUGAUAGUGCUGUGUUAGCAGGUGGAGAGUUGCAGUGUAGGUGCCAAAUGUCCUGCUUUAUUCUCCCCGCUGGUUGUCACUGUAAUCAGCCUUUGGACUCUGACCACGCCCAUGUGUACUUGUUUACGUGUGAGUGUGUGUGUGUACAUGUGUGUUCUGCAAUGUAACCAAGUGGUUGAAGUUGAAAUGGUUCCUUCUUCACGUGGCUGCCUUUUAUGUUGAUGACUGAAGCCUGUUGGCUGAUGAGAGGAAAGCCAUCUGACAGUUUGAAAAUGUCAGAGCGUCAGCUGUGCCAUAAGAGCCUCCCCUCUUCUCCGUCCCCAAUGGUCUUCCUCCAUGCUCCCAAACGACCUGAACCAACCAUGUCAUGGCAUUUGACUAGAGGAAAUGCACUAAUAUCAUGGAAAAGUAGAAAAAGGAAGCUGACUAUCAUUGAUUCCCAGGUGUGUGUUUUGCAUUUCCAGCACAUUCCUUCUUCACUAUCGUGCAUCAUCCUUGUUGGUCACACCUGUGACUGUUCGUACAACCAGUUUAAUGUAAACUGUGGCCAAGUUGGAGAAAACUCCUCGUCUUUUAUGUGCACUAAGACAUCAAUAUUUUAAACACUAUUUCAAGAUGUGCGUUUGUUUAAAAGUUAUCCUGAGCACAGAGCAUAAUUAUUUUUUAACUGAUGAUUAUUGUUGCUGAGAGGACAGCCGCCAAUAAAAUAUACACUCUAAUUCAGUUCAUUUCAAUGAUGCAAAAGCAGGCGACCAGUCUGAUAAGAGAUGUGAUUUGUAGUUUACAGUUUGCUGUAACACCACAGUCCUGUUACAGAGAGGGACUGCUCCUCAGCUGGUCCGACUCUAACACCGUUUGCUGUACAGUAACUGUCUGACCUGCAUUAAUAAAUUUCAGUUUUUCUGUUCAUGCA